CUGAGGCGGCGGAGGGUGCGGUGUCGGUCCCAGAGCGGGCGCCAUGCGGUCCCUGAACAUCACCCCGGAGCAGUUCGCGCAGCUCCUGCGGGACAACAACGUGACGCGGGAGCAGUUCAUUGCUCUCUACGGGCUGCAGCCGCUGGUGUACAUCCCGGAGCUGCCGGGGCGCACCAAGGUAGCCUUCGUCCUCAUCUGCGUUCUCAUCUUCGCCCUGGCGCUCUUCGGCAACUGCUUGGUGCUCUACGUGGUGACCCGCAGCAAAGCCAUGAGGACGGUCACCAACAUCUUCAUCUGCUCCCUGGCGCUCAGCGACCUCUUCAUCGCCUUCUUCUGCGUGCCCUUCACCAUGCUGCAGAACAUCUCCUCCAACUGGCUCGGCGGUGCCUUCGCUUGCAAGAUGGUUCCAUUUGUUCAGUCCACUGCUAUUGUAACUGAGAUUCUUACAAUGACUUGCAUUGCUGUGGAAAGACACCAGGGAAUUGUGCAUCCACUGAAAAUGAAGUGGCAGUACACCAAUAAAAGAGCUUUCACCAUGCUUGGCAUAGUCUGGUUGCUGGCUCUCAUUGUUGGGUCACCCAUGUGGUACGUGCAACGGCUUGAGGUUAAAUAUGACUUUCUAUAUGAAAAAGUGCAUGUUUGUUGCUUGGAAGAAUGGGCCAGUCCCAUUUAUCAGAAGAUCUAUACGACCUUUAUUCUUGUUAUACUCUUCCUUCUUCCACUGAUGUUGAUGCUUUUUUUGUACACUAAAAUUGGCUAUGAACUCUGGAUUAAGAAACGAGUGGGAGAUGCUUCAGUUCUUCAAACCAUUCAUGGGAGCGAAAUGUCUAAAAUAUCAAGGAAGAAGAAGCGAGCAAUUGUUAUGAUGGUGACAGUGGUGUUUCUCUUUGCAGUCUGUUGGGCCCCUUUCCAUGUGAUUCACAUGAUGAUGGAGUAUGGUAAUUUUGAGAAGGAGUAUGAUGAUGUGACAAUCAAAAUGAUUUUUGCUAUUGUCCAGAUCAUAGGAUUCUUCAAUUCUAUUUGCAACCCUAUUGUGUAUGCUUUCAUGAAUGAGAACUUCAAGAAAAAUUUUCUGUCUGCCCUCUGCUUCUGCAUUGUGAAAGACAACACAUCCCCAAGCAGGCAGCUUGGGAACUCAGGAAUUACCAUGAGGAGGCAAAAGCCAAGUGCAUCUCAGAAAGAUCCCAUGGAUUCAGAUGAAGGCAGGAGGGAGGCAUUCAGUGAUGGCAACAUCGAGGUCAAGUUCUGUGAUCAGCCAGCUUCCAAAAGGAAUUUGAAAAGGCACCUGGUCUUGUUCAGCUCUGAGCUUACUGUGCACUCUGCAGUAGGAAAUGGACAGUAGCAUCACAAGGGGUUUGGGAAUGGAGAAGUCAUUCUCUUUAUCAUCAUUUCAAUAAGCCAUUUAAAAGAGUUUGCUGCUUUGCAUGCUGAAAUGAGGGGGAAAAAUAAUGUGUAGACUCUAAUAAUGUUGGGAUAGUGGCUGAGAAAAUGUAAUAUAUAUUUUAUAAUUAUGAGGAGUGAGACAUUGGAAAAGAACUUUACUGUGUGAUUUCUAGGAGAAAAUAAUUUCUUUCUGACCUAAUUUAGGGCUUGUUUGCCCUCUGCUUUAGGUAAACCAAACAACUGCUGCUUGCUCCAUUUAUUGUGUGUCUGGACUGUACCCAGCUGAAUGCCAGAAGACAGGAACUAUGGAGAGAAUGUGCACCUUUUUGGGACAGCUUGGAAGUCUGACAUGGGGAUGACGUUGUAAGAUCUACUUUCUGCAGCUUUGAGGACAAAGCAACUUCAGAUCUGAGUGCAGGAAAGAUGGAGGCUGAGAUGCAAUUCCAUUUUAGAAAAAAGAAGGGGAAUCUGAAAGAGUUAUCCAGAACAUGACUCUGAAGAGAUUUAAGAUUUAAACAUCACACGCAUGUUCAGAUUUUGUUAACAGGAAGCAUACUAAUAAUUAACAAUGCAUGCAUAAUUACUGUGCUGUUGUUUACAGGUUAAUUCUUGGGUACCAAUUUAAAUGCCAUUGUACUGCCCUGCAAACUGCAUUCUUCUGCUGGAAAUUGGAGAAGCUGGAAAACUGCUGUACAGGAGAGUGCAGAUGCAGAAGGUGUGGUCUGUAAACACUGAAUUGAACUUCCAGUCAUGCUUGAACAUGUGACUCUCAGGUUGAAAGGGUGGUGUUGCCAUUUUCUGGAGGGUUAUAGGGGCCUGAUCCAGAGCCUGUUGGGACUUCACAGAAGACUUUCAGUGGAAUACCAUGGUCUUUUGACCAGGCACUUCUCUGAAGACAUGUUUGUAUUUUUGUCUGUUCAUCAUCUUCAAAGGAGAUUAAUUCCUGUCUGAAAACUUGGCCAGUGCUUUGUUACUUUAGGCUUCACAGUAAAUUGUGGGGUUGAUAUCCACAUAAAUUAUAAAUGGUUUUGCUCUCAGUGGGCCAAACUGCAAAAUUGCAAAGGUAUGUUUGCAAGUGUAGGACUGGAGGAGAAGUGUGAUCUGAACUGGUACACUGGGAUCCCAUAAAUGAGGCCUUGAAAUACAGAAUGUGCCACUCCAGCUGAGGUUAGGUUGGGUCCUUUAACAGCCUGUAAAAUGUCAGUGCUCUCUUCAGUCACCCCUUGCCUCACCUAUGGGACCUUGGUGCUGCUUUGGCAGUCAAUUUAAGGUUCUUUUACAUUGCUACUUCACACUUCAUUGUAAAUGAAAACUUGGGGUAAAAUAUCCUUGUAUAAUUUGGACAUAAUCCUUCUCUGUCUACAGAUUGCAAUGGGUUUGUGACACUCUUUGUUUACAUGUGUAUUUUUAUAUUCUAUAUGAUACAGACUCCUGUGCAAUGACAGAAAGCUCCUGACUUGUCCUGAGGGCCAGGAAUUAAGAGCUUAAUGGGUUAGCAUCAUAGUUUUCCUCAGCAGAUGUAAAGUUUAACUGCCUGAUGGUGAGAACUAUGUGUUUGGAUAGAAUCUGUGACUGAAAACUAAUUUAUUUUCAGCUAUUUAUUUAUUUGCACUGAUAAUUUCAGUGGCAGAUUUUAACAAGCUUUUAACCAGAACUUCCAAGUAUCUUCUGUUUUUGUUUUGUCUUCCCUGCUUCUGUUGUCGUUGUGUCAAUGAAUAACUGCUGUAGUAUUAAUUUUAUUUUCAUUAAAGUUCCUUUAUGGCUUUGUUGGUGCUGUUUUGCACUAGGGGAUAUCUACUGUAAACUUCACUUGGAGUCCCUCUUUGUUUAAAGAUGGAUGUGAGCUUAUCUGUGCCUCUUUAGUGAUUCAAUUCCAGUCCUGUUACAGUUGCCAGCUGUUCCUGUAAUCCUGAGAGCUGUGAUUUAAAGAACUUUACAGAAUAAGGUGAGAAAGAAGAAGAAAAGUCCAUGUCUUGGUAGAAAAGAGGUGAUAAAUAUUU